AUGUCCUACAAUGACCACCUCGUUCAUGCCCACGGCGGCGCUGGCCGUCGAGGGAAACGAGUCUGGAAGGCUUGCGAGCGAUGUCGCAUGAAGAAGACCAAAUGCGAUGGUGAAUUUCCUUGCCAGCGUUGCAACGAUGACGGUUUAAUCUGCACUGCGAGUGUGAGAAAGAGACCUGGUUAUAAGCAGCUACCAAGCGGAUACGCCGAGGUACUGGAGAACACUCAAUUGGUUCUUGUCGCGACGAUCCGCAAGCUUUACGAAAUGGUUCGUAAUCAUGACGAGUGGCAUCUUGGGGAACCUCGUUGCAAUGACCGUGGGCAAGCCAUCAUUCACAAUAUUGCCCAGAAGCUGGCCUGUAUUCGUUCCAAUGGAGACAUAGAUCUUCCCGUCCAGUCUGUGUUCCCUGAGGACAUGGAGGGCAUGGAGCAACUUGCAAGUAUCCUGAGGAAGCAACAGGCGACUUUGGAGGCUGAGGACGGCUCCAACAAGAGUAGUGACGGGUUUAGUGGCUGCAGUACAAAGGCCAACUCCCCUGAAUACCACUCUGAUCUGGACCACGAGUUAUGCGUUCCAGGCCCUGAGGCCCAGAACGGCUCUCUACAGAGGGCCUACACCCCAGAGGAUAUUGGAACUGCCAGCAACCAGUGCGCCCUCGCGGAGAGUCCCGAACUGGGAAAUUAUCAAUUUUACCCCUCGUCACAGCUCGAUGAUUUCUCUUACGCGUGGGAGACGUCAACGUUCCAACCUUGCUACGAUGAAGAAAGCAGCCGAAGCCCACAGGCUCAGUUGAACAAGGUAGUGGUCAGUGAUGGGCCAUUUGGACCCAGUGCCGAGUUUGAGCCCACCACAUCGCAGACGGCUUGUGAACAAGACUCCCAGGUUCUUUUCAUGCCUUACAAUGCCCCUUUAUCGUGGCAGUAUUCCAAGCCAAGAGCCAUAGACGACUCGAUGCUGCAGCAAUUGUUGCGGCUCAGCGAUAUGAAGGGGCUCGGCAUUGAUUCUGAGAUAUUAAAUCGUCUCAUAAACCAAGGGACACUUCCAGCUCAUUUUGAGGCAACUAGCCAGCUUGAAGAAUCCAUGGAUUACUCUACAUAUAGAGGCUUUUAA